CGUGUUUGUCAUGUUUAUGUUAGUGAGAGGCUAGACCUUUUAACAUAAAAUUUUUUUUUAGUUAAUAAUGUAAUAUGUCUAUGGUGAGAGGUGAUUAGUGUUUACUUUUUAUCCAUUUGGUUCUACAUAAAUACAGAGCUACAUAAUACAAUAAUUCUAUGUUGAGAUCCAUAGAUAAGUAUACAGGAUUUAGACACUUUUGUUAUUGUUUUGCCAAAGAAUCGAACUCAGAAUCAAAUUUUUCUAAACAUGGCCCCAAGUAACGUCACAAAGAAAAAUGUACAACUAAAAAAGAAGAAAUUAACAAAAAAGUCUUCGAAAUUAGUUUCCAAACAUGUCGAAACAAAUAGUGACAGUAAUAAUGAUUCGGACGGAUCAAUGGAUGCAAUUCAAUUUGACAGUCAGUAAAAGUGUACUAAUAAUUAUAUACCAUGUACAUAUAUAUAUAUGUUAUGCUUGUUUUAUUUCAGGUGAAUCUGAUAAUGCUAGUUUAAAUGAUAGUGAAGAUGGUGAAGUGUAUGACAGUGAUGGUUUAGAUGAAGAAGUCGAAAAAUUGAAAACUUCAGACCCAGAAUUUUAUAAGUAUUUAAAGGAAUGUGACAAAAAUUUAACUAAAAUAACAGAUGAUGGAGAAGACAAUGAUGAUGAUUAUGAUGAAGAUGAUAUAGAAGGAAUAAAGUCUGAAAAAUUACACAAGCCUCCCGAAAACUUGGAAGUAAGUUAUGUAUAAAUUUAUUAAUUUAAGAAUAUUAACUGGAGUUUAGUUAUUUUUUUAAUUGAUUUGUAUAAAUUAAAAUAUAAUUAAUCUAUUUUCUGUGGAGAUUUUUUUGUCUGUUUUAGUUUUUAGAAAGUAUUUCUAGCUUGGUCUGCUAUAAAUUCUUACAGAAAAAUAUGCAACUCCUAUAACUUCCAAGCUCUACUAAUAUUGUAUCAUUUAUAAAGCUUUUAUAUUAUUAUAUUUUGACGAUUUGUUGAUUAAUAUAUUACUAUAAGCAAAAAUGUUGUAUCUUUAUUAAAUAAAUGUAGUUUUGUAAUAUAUUUUCACCUAGUAAAAAUGAAUUUUUCGACCAUUUACUGCAUUUUUUCAAAAUAAAUAUUACCAAUAGUUGUUUUUAUAGAAUACCUAAUAUUUCAGACAUGGCUUAUUGAUUUAAAAAGUCUGAAUUUUAAGAUUUUUGAUGUACCUAUGUAAUUCGUUUUUUUCAAUUGUUUUGGACUUUCGGCAUUUUUGUUGAUGGGGAGUAGUAUAAAUGUUAUAAUCUUACUAAAAUAAAUCCUUAAUAACUAAAUUAUUACCAAGAGACAUUAAAAUAUUAGUACAGUAUUUUGACAUGUAAUUUUAGAAAACGUGAAAAAGUAAAUUAGGUGUCUAAAAGAUAAACUAAUUUUUAAAAUAAUUAAAAUAAUUGUUAUUACCAGUACGGGAAGAAGGGGUCUAAUCCUAUUUCAUUUAUUACAUUUAUAAUAUUUAAAACAAAGGACUUGGAUAUUAAUUUUGAUCACUAUGUCCAAUGAUAUUAUUUUUUCUAGUUAAUGGUCCAUUAAGAGUAAGGUUUAAAAGCAUUAGUAGGUAAAAAAAUUGUUGAAUUCCAAGUAAUUAUGUUUAACCAUACCAUUAGAUAGAGCAUUAUUUUAGAUUAUAAAUUUAUAAGAUUAUUGAGAUUAAUAGUAGUUUGGAAACAAAGAAUAUAAGUGUGUUUACAUGGCAGCUGUAAGACCUAACAUUUGCUGUCACUGUCACCGUAUUUAUCUUUUGACAAUAGUUGUUAUAACAGUAUUUUAAUGGACAUUCUAGGUUGGAAGUGAUGAAAGUGAUUUUGAUGAAGGUCCCAGUAAUGAAGGAAGGGAUGUUGUUGUUAUUACGUUAUCUAUGAUACAAAUAUGGAGAGAAAAACUUCAAAAUUCGUAAAAUUCAAUUUUUAAAUUAUCAUUAGUAAACAUAUUUUAUAUAAUAUAUUAUUAUUUUAGAAAACAAAAAUUAAGCUACAUAACUGCAGCAACUAAAGCAAUGACAGCAGCACUUCAACGAGUAACACCAAUUGAAAUAAACAAACCUACACCUUAUAAAGUUGAAGGAAGUUCAGGUAAUUAUAUCUUUUAAAUUUAAUUCACAUAUAUUAUUAGUUAGUGUAUUGAUAAUUUAAAUUUUUAGUGUUCAAUGGAGUGCUUCAAAUGUGUAUGUUUGAUUUACAUCCUGCUAUUUUGAAAUUUUUAAAACUUCCUCUUGGUUCACCAUCACAAAUUAUGAUUUCUAAAUCGAAACAGUGGAAAAAAGUUAAAAUGACUCUGCGUUCAUACUUAACUGAUCUGACUAAGGUUAGUCUAAGAUUUGAUUUUGAUUUUAAUUAAGUAAUAACCCAAGUUUCCUUUUGGAAUAUUUGUUUAUUAUAUUUUUAUAUCAUAUUGUUAUGGAUUUGUUGUAACGGACAUGUUUUUUUUAUAAAUGUGGUUGUUUAUUUAUUAUUUAACUAUGUUUUCAGCUGUUGAAUAAUGUUUCUAGUGAAGACAUUUCAUGUGUCCUUUUAAAACAUUUUCAUCAAAUGAUACCAUUUUUAUCAUGUCUCCCAACAAUUGUAAAACCAGGUUUAAAAAGAUUGAUAGCAUUGUGGAGUGCCAGUGAAAGUGAAACUGUCAAAGUUUUGGCUUUCUUAUGUUUAUUAAAGUUAGCUAAUAGUGAUACAUCUGUUUAUCUAGAAAUGGUUCUUAAGGUAUAAUUAAAUGGUAUUAUUAAUUAACAACAAAGUUAUUACAUUGUAAAUAAUAUUUUAUGUAGGCUAUGUAUGUUGGAUAUAUCGCUAACAGCAAAUUUGUUACUCCAAAUUCUUUACCUGGUAUUAAUUUUAUGAGACAAUCUUUAGCAGAAAUGUUUAUAAUUAGUGAACCUGUAUCUUAUAAUCAUGCAUUUCUGUACAUAAGACAAUUGGCUAUUCAUCUACGAUCAGCUGUAACUUUAAAGAAAAAGGUAUUUGAACUAAAUUUAGAUUAAAUGUUUUAAUUUUUGAAUGUAGAUUAUUUUAUUCUAAUUAUAUAGGAAAAUAUACAAUCAGUUUACAAUUGGCAGUAUGUAUCAUCACUUAAGUUAUGGGUAGAUGUAUUGUGUUCUUCAUUGAAUAAAAAGCAAUUGCAAACUCUAGUUUAUCCUCUUAUACAAGUAAUAAAAAGUAUUAUGAAUUAUCUAUUUCAUGAUUAUUUGAUUUAUUACGUAAAAUUAUAUUGUAUUAUGUAUUUUGUUUAGAUAAUUAUUGGAUGUACUAAACUUAUAUCAACAGUACAAUAUUUGCCAUUAAGAUUUCACUGUAUUUCUAUGCUGACUAAAAUCAGCAAAGAAACUGGUAAAUUUAUACCAAUUUUACCACAUAUUUUAGAGGUAUUUAAUAAAUAGCAUUACAACAACAAAAUUAUUAAUUUUUUUUUUUUUUUUAGGUAUUGAGUAUAGUGGAUUUUCAAAAAAAGCAUUCAAAAACAUCUAUGAGACCAAUGGAUUUUACUUGUAUAUUGCGUCUGUCUAAAUCACAAUUGCAAGAAAAUGUAUUUAAGGAUGCAGUAAUAGAAAGUGUACAUGGUACUUUAAUGGAAUAUCUUGUUAUAGAAGCGCAUACUAUUAGUUUUCCUGAUUUGGUGGUACCAUUUAUAAUUAAAGUUAGUGUUAUUAUACACCUGCAACUUAGACAAAAAAAAAAAAAAAACAGAUUACCUAUUGCUAAUUUGACUGUUUUAAUACUUCUUUAGAUGAAGGAAUUUCUUAAAAAUUGUAAAAAUAUAAAUUAUACCCGAAAAUUACGUACUUUAUUGGACAAAGUGAAAGAAACAUCAACUUUUAUUAGUGAAAAACGUGGAAAAAGUGGAAUUUCACUUUAUGAUUUAAAAUCUAUUGAAGUAUGGGAAGCUGAUAUUAAAUUAUCUGGUACACCUAUGUCCCAAUACUAUGAUAGUUGGUUCAAAUUAAACCAGCAGCAAGUUGCUCGGAAAAUAACAAAUAAUAUUGUGGUAAGUACUUUCUAUUUUAAUUUCAAAUUGAAUUGUUAUUAAUUAAUGGCUAUUUUAAUUUAUUAGCUCGGAGAAUUUAAUAUUCCUACACUGAAAAAGCAUAGGCUAAAAAAAAAUGAUGAUGGUCCCGCAGAACUUUUCCCAUCAGAUGAUGAAGAAUACGAGCCUAAUUUUGGGUAAGAAAUUGUUAUUAUAAAGUAUAAAAAUAAUUAUACAUUUUGUAAAUGAACUUAAAAAGGCAGUGAAGGUUUCUUUUAAGUCAUCUAAUCUAAGACUAUUCUAUUCCUUCUACUUCUUCCUAAGCUAUAGCAGUCCAUUCAGAACCAUCGCCACUUUUAGAAUGCCUUUCCACUUCUCUCUUUCCAAAGCUAGAUUAAAUAGUACCGGAGAUAGUGUAUCACCCUGUCUUAAGUCCAUCUUACAUUCAAACAUUGUAAAUAAUUCUCCUAGAAAACGUACCUUACAAUAGGUUUGUUCAUUUCACAUUUAAACUAGUCUCACUAGUUUGUCAGGUAUGCAAAAUUUCACAAAGUUAUCCAGUUGUUCGCGGUUAAUACUGUUGUAUGCCUGUUAUAUGGCAUAUGGAAGUGCUUAUUAUACUCAGUAUUUUUCUAUAAGUUGUCUUAGUGUGUGAAUGUGAUCUGUUAUGAACUUGCCUUUUCUAAAGCCACACUGGUACUUUCCAACUAUGUCCACUCUGUAUAUUUCAAUUCUUCUUAAGAUAAAUAGAUAUUCAGCUUCUAAUUAUACAAUUCAUUAACAUUUUUAAAUCCAAAUUAUGGUAUUAGAUUCUUUAUAGCAAGUUACAAGUUGUAUUCACUACAAAUAUGAUUAUUUUUAAUGAAAACAUUAAGCUUAUAAAGUUUUUUUAUAAGUAAAAUUGACUUGUAUAGACUAAUAUUGUUCCAUAUAUUGUAUUUAUUCGAAAUAUAUUUGAACAUUUUAGAUCAUCGGAAGAUGAAGAUGUAGGAGAAAAAUAUGAAGAUGUAGGAGAAAAAGAAGAAAACUAAUUAAAAUCAACAUUUAUGUGUGGUUUUAUGCAUUAUAGAAGUUUUAAAAAAUAU